GAGCCUUCCCAUUGAGUGCAGAGCCCGAUGCGGGCCUCAGUCAGGAUGCUGAAGGCAGGCACUUAAUAAAUAUCUUUACUUUUGGAAUUGUGUGGAGAGCUUGAAGAGUCUUUAGCUUAACAAACAGUCUCACAAAGCCGACGUCUCAGUUUCAGAACCAGGCCCUGGCGGCUGGUGUAAAGGGAAAGAGGACUUGCGAGGGACGGUGCUGGGUUGUCGGUGACAGUAUACUGUGUCCCAGCUCUGAUGCUGUCUGUCGUUGCAGGUGAUUUUCAAAGCCAAGUCAAAAUAUUCUCCAGAAUUACUCAAAUACCGGCAGCCUGAGGCAGAAAUGUAGCUUGUGUCCUUGAGGAGCCAACACCCUGUGCAGGUAUCCUGAACAAUGCUGAAACUCCCAGAAUCCGAUGAAGCAGAAAUAUGGAUCAACCUGGGGACUGGGGAGCCAAGAAUGGGUGAAGACUGGGAAGGAGGAAGAGAUUCUGAUUGGAUCGUGGAGCUGGUCUUACCUUGGAAGUGGUUGGUUGAAGCUGAGGCUGCCCCUCUACCUGGCCUCGCUCUUCAUCAGCCUCAUUUUCCUGUUGGUGAAUCUGACCUGCACGGUGCUGGUGAAGACAGGCAGCUGGGAGAGGAAGGUCAUCGUCUCGGUGCACGUGGCCAUCAACGACACGCUCUUCGUGCUGUGUGCUGUCUCCCUCUCCGUCUGUCUCUACAAAAUCUCGAAGAUGUCCUUGGCCAACAUUUACUUGGAGUCAAAGGCAUUUUGAGAUCUGCAUUCGGCCUGUGUAAGUUCAUGGUGUCCUCCGAGAUCUCUGGGAGACCAGGCCCUGGAGGUCAGUACCUGGCGUUGCCCUACGUAGCCCAGAGACCGAGAGCCAGGCUUCCGAUUCACAGUCUGGCCGCAGGCUCUGCAGAUGUGGAUGGAGGCUCCCCUCAGGACUGACUGAUGCGCCCAGGAGAAGACCGUGGACACUCCAGAGAGGACACUGCCCCCUGGAGUUCAGGCCGGCCCCUGCACCGUGCUCUCAGAGAUGGAGGCAGCCGGCAGGAGAGGCCGGCUUGGUUUGCUGUGUGCUGUGCACCCUAGAAUGCCCGUUUGCUCUUCCUUUCCCCAGAGUUCUAGGGAAGAGCUGACAUACUUCUGGGCCCCUGAUCGGCCUCACCCCGAGUCUUCCUUGGUUGGGAAGCCCAGGGAAGAAUGGAGGCUGGGGAAGGGGCCUUGGUUUUUGCACUUGUGCAAUGAUUGAAUGAUUUCUCUAAUUCCUCUGCUUCUAACCAUAUCCUCUGGUGGACCCUCUGUCUGGCUGACCCCCUGUCUGGGGGACUCCCGCUGUCCAGCAGACCCCACUGUCUGGCCGACCCCCAUGUCUGCCUUCUUUGCCACCUGGCUAUAAAUAGUCUUAUGUCUGAAAACCGUGGGGAGCUCUGUGACCCAUGAUAUUGUGCCUCCAGUAGUGACCAGUAGACUAAAAUCUGACCUCAGAAACCCCAAGCCUUCACAAGGCAUCCGUGAUCAGGCUGACCUCUGGCGAGAUCCCUCGAGACUUGAGUAUGGCAGGAGUAGUUUUUUCAUGUAUGAGUUUUGACAGAUUUCAGACUUGAUUUUGACACAAGUUUUGUCUGUUGUUUGUACUGUCUCCCAUGUGAGGGCUAUCCAAGGCUUUAAAAAAACCAGAAUUGUGGGUUUUAUGGGAAGAGUUACAUUUUGGUUGUCAAAUAACUAUUUAGAUCAGCCCUGUGGCAAACAUGCUGUUAAACUGCUGCUGGCAAAAUAAAAUAGUAUCUUGUUGAUGUAUGAUUUCUCAAUGCAAAUUUCAAAAUCCUGUUUCAUUUUUUUUGGUCACAUUAACUAUAUGUUUCUAGCUUAGGGUCCUUUAAUGGACUGUAAAUUGAUAGCUUCAUAAAUGGGGGUACAAAUCACCAAUUUCCAUGUAUUUCCAAGUCUGGAGUGAGACCAGGGCUUCCAGCCUAGAAGAUUCUGGAAUUUGAGGAAGUGCUCCCUGCCCAGGGCCAUGGUCCACAGGACCGCUCCCCCACCUUGCUGGGGUUGGUUGUCACCUUGCUGGGGUCAGUUGUCCCUGGGCUGGAUGCUGGGCAGUGGGCUCCCAAGUUGGGAGAUCCUGGAGAUUGAACAGCAUAAACCACCUGACUUUCUCAUUCUUACAAACCUGGGCUUUAGGCAAAUGGCCUCUAUUUUAAGGCUUCUCCAAACCAACUCCCAGAUUUGGAAGCAUCUGUAUGGAGAUCCUUUGACAUUUGAGGAGGGGGUGUGGGGUGAGGUGAGGUUUGGGUGUGGGUUUACUGCUGAGAGCGGACACCACGGUUUGUGGCCCCGAGAGCUGAAGGGUUUAUCAGGUCUGAAGCCAGGGCAUGAUGAGGCUGGUGUGCUGGACCUGGAAUGGGUGCUCCCCUCAUGGCUCCCUCUU